UAUGGACCUCCAAAGAGUCCACCGUCUUCUAGCUAUGGUGCGCCCCCUUCACCACCAGCUUCUAGUUAUGGACCUCCAAAGAGUCCACCAUCUUCCAGUUAUGGUGCGCCCCCUUCACCACCAGCUUCCAGUUACGGACCCCCUUCUCGACCUUCACAUCCAGCUUCAAGCUAUGGCCCUCCAUCUCGGCCUUCUCCGCCAUUAUCCAGUUACGGUGCACCACCAUCCCCACCAGCCUCAAGCUACGGACCACCAAAAAGCGCACCACCUUCAUCUAGCUAUGGCGCUCCACCAGCAGUGCCUUCAUCUAGUUAUGGGGCACCAGCUCCACCAUCUAAUUCAUACUUACCACCAUCGCCAUCAAAUUCGAAACCUUUUGCUCCAUCAAAACCCGCUCCACCAUCUACAUCGUAUGGUGUUCCAACCGGAUACAGUGCACCAGCACCUGCUCCAGCCCCUUCGUCUAGCUAUGGAGCGCCUUCAAGCAGUUAUGAUGCCCCCGCUCCAGCUCCAGCCCCAGCACAAAGCUAUGGAGCACCUGCACCAGCAUCCUCAUAUCAGGCUCCAUCAGCACCCUCUUCUGGUUAUAGUGCACCUUCUUCUUCAUACAGCGCCCCAAUAUCUGUGCCAGAGACCAUAUCACAGAGUUACUCUUCCGAUGGUGGUUACAAAUAUCGCAAAUAGACCAUCACAUUACAAAAAGACCCAGUUAAGAUAGACGUAUGAGGUAAAACAAUUUUUGGCGUAAUCGAAACUUAUCUGGUGUCACUAUCUAAGUGAUCGGCACUAUCUCUGCCUCGAUUUAAAUCACAUUUGAAAAUUAUUUAGGUUUAUAUGGGUUCCUUCCAAAAACUCAGCGUUGCCAUUUCUUCGCCUGUAAUGAAGUUAAAUAUACAUACAUACAUACAUUUCUCAUUUCUCAUUUCUCAUUGCUCAUUACAAGCUCAUUUCUUUCGAUGUACGAUUUCGUUUGUAAACUAUACUCUAAGUUUCAUAUACAUACAUAAAUGUAUUUCUACAUAUGCAUAAGUAAUAACACUUUCCUUCA